AUGAGCGAGAAAGAAAGGCAAACGGCGACGGAGGCUAUCGAGUGGGAGGCACUCCGUUGCAAGAGUCUUGAGCCUGGGGGGUUCAAAGAGGAAAGAAUGAAGCUUUGGCCCGCGCUGCUCAACGUCUCAUCUGCUGUGCAAGAGUCGAGGUCACAUAUAUCGCUCACAAGUACCUUUAUCGAAAAAGAGAAUUCUGGAGGCGACGAUGAAGAAGUACAAGAGCAUCGCGACGAACGUCAGAUUGGUCUGGACACUGACCGUAGCUUCGUCUUAUACCCAGAGCUACAGACUUCGUGUGCUGAAAAGAUCAGCCUGCAUAGAGUGCGCGACUCUAUGGGUCUCAGUCUAGAGCCAGUUGUAGGUCUCCUGCGGGUGCUUAAACGGCUACUUCACGAAGUAGAUUCAGAAUUUGCUUCUAUAUUGGAAAGAACAGCACCUCUGCCGUAUUUUGCCCUCUCCAAUAUUCUGACACUGUUCUCACAUGACGUACCGACCUUACCAUUAAUCCAGCACAUUUUCGACUAUCUGCUAUGCAGGCACCCCAUUGCUAUCGUGUACCUAGUCGCUGCGGUAACAUUGUCGCGACGAGAUGAAGUGUGUCAGAUGGAAAAAGAAGGUGAAGAUGGCUCAAUCCACUCUAUACUGAGUAGUCUUCCAGAGCUAUAUGAGGAGGAGGAGAAUAUCUUCUCGGGGGACUUGAAACUUGAUGAGCAGAGCAGGCAAGACACAGUGACAGCAGAAGUUCAGCUAGAUGCGGCAGACAAGACCUCGAUGGCCGUCCUCCGUGACGCAAAGGAAGAUCCGCCAUCAGUGAAUGAAGCUGACCAUCUUUUAGAUGAUACAUCCGAGUCGCCACCAGAUCCAAGUUUCGGAAUUGCUGAACAGUCGAUCGACAAGUUCACCAGCGAGGCAGGCUUGUCGCAUAUCACCGAGUCAACGAACAUAUCUACGGUCUGUUCAGAAACAUCCGUGCCACCUUCAUCCACGCAAUCAGAACUACCAAAUGGGGACUCCUUCGAUGGUUCUGAUGCGAACGAAGAGCUUUCUGCACAGUCUCAUUCGCGUCCCCCCUCUCCUUCUCCCUCUCCCUCUGUCGCAUCCUCUGACACUGCUCCCGCUCGCUCUCGCGUAUCCCUUACCUCGCUGCUUAUGAACGCCGACCGCCUGUUCGCUCAAUACCCUCCUUCCCAUCCUUCGAUUUCGCUCUCAAGCAUCAUGGGCCCUCAGAGUGUUAUGCUCACUUGGUCCGAGGACUCUGGCGCGCUACCCGACGACGACGAGGCCGAAUUAAUGGUGACAAAGCCCGAACUCAUUGUCCUGCCCCAUAUCGAGCCCGAGGACGAGAUUGCGUCGGACGACGAGUCCUUUGCGUCCGUGUCUGCGUCGAAAAACAAGAAGCGCAAGGAGAAGGCCGAGCGAGCGCGGAGGAAAUUGCGAAAACCGCGUCAUCUGGUGCUACAGCGGAAGACAGUCGUCGCAGGCGCCGUCCUUGUCCUCGGCGUCACUGUAGCUGCUGUAUAUGGGAUGCAGAGCGGUGGGCCUGCAGGGAUCUUUCGAGGUGACGCACACCAUCAGCGAAAUUCCCUGGGACGGGACUGGAAACGCAUGAGCCAAUUCAUGGGCGGGAUGGUUAUUGGUGUUGGUGAGCGGAUGCUCGAUGGACUGUGGCAUUGA